GCCAGCUCGGAAGGAAGGAGGGAAGGGGAGCGAGCGGCAGCGAAGAGGUUCUCUGACUCCUCCUCCGCCGGUGCCUCCCUCCCUUGCCAAGCCCAGCCUGUGCAACUGAGUGAGAGGAUCACUCCGCAAUGCCUGCCCCUCUCUGACUGCACGGGCCCCGCGCUCCUGCCGCCGCCGCCACCGAGCAGAGCCUGCGGCUUGGUCCCCACCGACGGCGCAGCCGGCCGGCCAGGCCGCGGGACCCUGAGGCGAGCAGCGGCCGCCCGGCCGCCAGGUGCCGCGCAACCGGCCGCUGAGAUGCGCAGCCCGCCGGGGCUCCGCGCGCUGUGGCUUUGCGCCGCGCUGUGCGCCUCCCCGUGCGCCGGCGGCGCCCCCCAGCCCGGCGCGGGGCCUGCCGCCUGCCCGGCCCCCUGCCACUGCCAGGAGGACGGCAUCAUGCUGUCCGCCGACUGCUCCGAGCUGGGGCUCUCGGCUGUGCCGGGGGACCUGGACCCCCUGACGGCUUUCCUAGACCUGAGCAUGAACAACCUCACGGAGCUUCAGCCGGGCCUCUUCCACCACCUGCGCUUCCUGGAGGAGCUGCGACUCUCUGGGAACCAUCUCUCACACAUCCCAGGACAAGCAUUCUCUGGUCUCUACAGCCUGAAAAUCCUGAUGCUGCAGAACAACCAGCUGGGACGGAUCCCCGCCGAGGCGCUGCGGGAGCUGCCGAGCCUGCAGUCUCUGCGCCUAGAUGCCAACGUCAUCUCCCUGGUCCCGGAGAGGAGCUUUGAGGGGCUGUCCUCCUUGCGCCACCUGUGGUUGGAUGACAAUGUACUCGCCGAGAUCCCGGUCAGGGCCCUCAACAACCUCCCUGCCCUGCAGGCCAUGACCCUGGCCCUCAACCGCAUCCGCCGCGUCCCCGACUACGCCUUCCAGAACCUCAGCAGCCUCGUGGUGCUGCAUCUUCAUAACAACCGCAUCCAGCAUCUGGGGCCUCACAGCUUCGAGGGGCUGCACAAUCUGGAGACCCUAGACCUGAAUUAUAACGAGCUGCAGGAGUUCCCUGUUGCCAUCCGGACCCUGGGCAGGCUGCAGGAACUGGGCUUCCAUAACAACAACAUCAAGGCCAUCCCGGAGAAGGCUUUCAUGGGCAACCCUCUGCUGCAGACCAUACACUUCUAUGAUAACCCGAUCCAGUCUGUGGGAAGGUCAGCGUUUCAGUCCCUGCCCAAGCUGCACACGCUUUCCCUGAAUGGCGCUACAGACAUCCAGGAGUUCCCUGACCUCAAAGGCACCACCAGCCUGGAGAUCCUGACCCUGACCCGCGCAGGCAUCCGGCUGCUCCCACCAGGGAUGUGCCAACAGCUGCCCAGGCUCCGAGUCCUAGAAUUGUCUCACAAUCAAAUCGAGGAGCUGCCCAGCCUGCACAGAUGUCAGAGGCUGGAGGAAAUUGGCCUCCAGGACAACCGCAUCUGGGAAAUCGGAGCUGACACCUUCAGCCAGCUGACCUCCCUGCGGGCCCUGGACCUGAGCUGGAAUGCCAUCCGCUCCAUCCACCCCGAGGCCUUCGCGACCCUGCGCUCCCUGGUCAAGCUGGACCUGACAGACAACCAGCUCACCACCCUGCCCCUGGCUGGCCUCGGGGGCCUGGUGCACCUGAAGCUCAGAGGGAACCUGGCUCUAUCCCAGGCCUUCUCCACGGACAGUUUCCCCAGACUGAGGAUCCUGGAGGUGCCCUAUGCCUACCAGUGCUGUGCCUAUGGCAUCUGUGCCGGCUUCUUCAAGGCCUCUGGGCAGUGGGAGGCUGAGGACUUCCACCUUGAGGAGGAGGAGGCUCCAAAGAGGCCCCUGGGCCUGCUGGCUGGGCACGUGGAGAACCACUAUGACCUGGACCUGGACGAGCUCCAGCUAGGGAUGGAGGACCUAUCCCCAGGACCCUGAGUUGAGCAGCCUCUGGCCCGUGGGUAAUGCCCGCCCCUCUCUUCCACAGGCUCCUUCAAGCCCUGUGAGCACCUCUUUGAGAGCUGGGGCAUCCGCCUGGCUGUGUGGGCCAUCAUGCUGCUCUCUGUGCUCUGUAACGGGCUGGUGCUGCUGAGUGUGUUUGCCGGUGGGCCUGGCCCCCUGGCCCCCGUCAAAUUCGUGGUGGGUGCAAUUCCAGGGACCAGCACCUUGACUGGCAUUUCCUGUGGCCUCCUAGCCUCGGUGGACACCUUGACCUUCGGCCAAAAGUUUGCGGAGUACGGAGCCCGCUGGGAGGUGGGGCUGGGCUGCCAGGCCAUGGGCUUCCUGGCCAUCCUGGGGUCCGAGGCCUCCGUCCUGCUGCUCACCCUGGCUGCGGUGCAGUGCAGCAUCUCCAUCACCUGCGUCCAGGCCUACAGGAAGGACCCCUCCCUGGGCAGCGUUCAAGCAGGGGCCCUGGGCUGCCUGACGCUGGCAGGGCUGGCGGCGGCCCUGUCCCCCACCUCAGUGGGAGAAUACAGGGCCUCCCUGCUCUGCCUACCCUAUGCCUCACAGGGCCGGCCAGCAGCCCUGGGCUUUGCAGUGGCCCUGGUGAUGAUGAACUCCCUCUGCUUCCUGGUAGUGGCUGGUGCCUACAUCAAACUCUACUGUGACCUGCCGAGGGGCGACUUUGAGGCUGUGUGGGACUGUGCCAUGGUGAGGCAUGUGGCCUGGCUCAUCUUCGCCGACGGGCUCCUCUACUGUCCCGUGGCCUUCCUCAACUUCUCCUCCAUGCUGGGCCUCUUUCCCGUCAUCCCUGAGGCUGUCAAGUCUGUUCUGCUCAUGGUGCUGCCCCUGCCUGCCUGUCUCAACCCUCUGCUCUACCUGCUCUUCAACCCCCACUUCCGGGAUGACCUACGGCGGCUCUGGCCCUGCACAGGGGCUCCGGGGCCGCUGGCCUGCACUGCUGCUGGCGAGCUGGAGAAGAGCUCCUGUGAUUCUACCCAGGCCCUGGUGGCCUUCUCUGAUGUGGAUCUCAUUCUGGAAGCCUCUGAGGCUGGGCGGCCCCCUGGGCUGGAGCCCUGUGGCUUCCCCUCAGUGACCCUCAUCUCCUGUCAGCAGCCAGGGGGCCCCAGGCUGGAGGGCAGUCAUUUUGUAGAGCCAGAAGGAACCCACUUUGGGAACCCACAACCCUCCAUGAAUGGAGAACUGCUGCUGAGGGCAGAGGGGGCCACGUCCGCAGGCGGGACCUUGUCGCUGGGCAGGGGCCUGCAGCCCUCUGACUCGGCCUUUGCUUCACACUUGUGAAUGCGCCUCCCCAUGCUUCUCUGCCCAUCUCUUCCCAUCCUCUCUCCUCCUGUGUGGAUGAUAGCUGCUUGUAAAAUAAACUCAACCGAACUCGACAGUGUGACCCACAGAGGGAUGGCCAUUCCCUGGCUCCCUUGGUUUCCUUUCCCGUGACCCCAGCAGUGUGUGCUUCUUGGCCUAGCCUCCCCUUGAACUUCCUCUGGGCCUCUUCCCUGUCAUGGCUGAAGCUGUGGGCCAGGAAUCUGGAAAUCUGUCUGCUGGGGAAGGGAAGUCAGGGAAGACAAGUCAGUGACUGGGGCAGUGGCCUGAGCAGGUCCAGGACCAGGGAACAUGGGCAGGGGGACCACAGAGAAAGGCCUGGAUGGGGAUGACAGAGCCAUUUUGGUAUGUCCCCCGUUCCCCAUGGACGGCAUACAAAAUAUGUUCUGUGUCUCAUAAUCUUGAGAUACGCCAUGCAAAAAGAUUCCCUGUUGCAACACAUUUUGGAAGAUGUUACAUCUAAUGUCCCUUUCUUGAAGAAUCACAGUGCAAAUUAGUGCAGUAAAGGCUAUGAGAAUUCCUGCAGCAGUAGUCUGUUGAACUCUGUUUAACCCUGUUCCCCCAAAUUCUCUGACAACAGGUCUUUGCUUGUUUGGUUCUCAUGGAAUACCUAUUAACAUCUCAGAAUUUAGCACUUCUGUCUCCCAGGGGCCUUAUCUCUGUACCUAGUACUACCCAGUGAUAUGACAAGAUGCCACCAAUCCUUGCAUGCCCUGAUUCUAGGAGCUCCACCCGGGGUAAAGUUGAUUCCAUCAAGCAGAAGGGAUUCUGCCGCUUGCCCUUCCCAGCCCUUUCAUCCUACCCUGGGGAGGAUGGGGAAGGGCAGCCCGAGUGGGUGCAGCCUUGGCCCCCUCCCUGGGGCAGGGAGAAAGGACCCCACAGGUGCUCCCACUUCCUCCGCAAGCCCAACCACCAGGGAAACUCCUGCUCCUGCUAAGAGGGAGGGUUCCUGGGUCGAGGCAGGGCGCACACAGGUACGUCCGGCUGUCGGGUUUCCCUCUGGCUCUGAGCCGCCUCCCUGUGGCUUUGUGGUUCUCCAUCACAUGCCCCUUGCCACCUCCCGCCACAAACCUGCCCUCCUCUCACAUCCCAGGCCUCGCCUUCUUGUCAUGUGUGUAUUGUAUUGCAGGAGGCAUUGUAGGAAUCUGAGCUCCCAGAGUGCCCCCAGGAGGCAGUGACCCUCCUGCCACCCCCGUCAUGACCUUCCCACAGUACGGUUUGCCAAGCGCCUCUGAAUGUUUCCAGGGUGCCUCUCCCAUUCCAAGUACACGCACUUUUCAUCUCAGGAGGAGGAGGCGGCAGCUGGGGCAUUCUGCUGACAUAAAAAGAGAAUCCGAGGCUCAGAAAAGGGUAAGAAUCGUUCCCGAACACUCCAGUGUCAGUCACAUCAGGACCGGAGUCUGGGAUCCGAGACGGAACAGAGCCGUCCUGCUCCCGACCCCUGCCGCGGUCCUCAGCCAGGCUCUAGUUCUUAGCCUGCCGCUUCUCUUCUAUCUCCCUGCUGCCCUCAAUGCAUAGUGGAAAUUCUGAAGAGAGUCCACAGGGCUGCCUAGGCUGGGGCAAAGGCAUGAGGCAGAGCCCACGAGUGGCACUUGGCACAUUUCUCAAUCUUGUUUGGCCGAGGUGCCCGGGCUUACGGUCUCUGGAGCUCAAUGUGCUGACCUUGUAAUCCCCAAGAGCCUUGGGGUUCUAGCAACCUCCGAGUAGGCACUCACGAAAUGACCCAUCGGUUAUUUGAGAACCCCGGGUCUCCCUGUUCCCCAGGGCUGGUCAAGAGCCUUUAAUGGAAGGGGUUUGCUCUUGUGGGGACUGAGAACUGGUGACUCUUACAUGGAAAGGAGUUCUCUGAAAGGAGGUGCUGUGAGUUUGGAGAGCCUUGACUUCGGGGAAGCCACUCAGCCCUUCCUCACAGCCACCCUGCUCCCCACGUAGUCAUUGUCGGCCCUGAUCCAGUGUGGAGUGGAACGUGUUAGAGGCUCAGAGUCACAGGAAUUGCCCCCCGCAGCCUCGUCCAGGAAAGGGGGCCUGUGUGUCUUGGUUGCAAGCUCGAGGGGGGCACUGCUGUUAUCUUACUGUUCACUCCUGAAGAUCCGGACGUCUGCCAAGACUGGCCCUCCAGUCAGAGGAGAGGAAUGGGGGGAGUGUGGAGGUAUCUGUCAUGAACUAUUUUCAUUAUUUAAAAAGCCUAGAAGAUGCACAUUUACCCAAAAUAAGGUGGUGGAGCUGUUUGUUUUUGACUUUCUAGCAAGUCAGGAUGUUACUCCUACGGUUAUCUCCCUUCGGAUCAGUGUGUUACGAAGAUUUUGUAUGUCUUUAAUGGAACACAAAACCAAAACCUAAAUAAUUCAGGGCAGGUAAAUGCAUUCUGCUUGGCUGACAACACCUUCCUAGAUGGUGUCCGCAGGGCAGAAUUGUCCAAAGGGCCACGGUGGGGGAAGCAGGAGCAACUGCUGACCUGGGACGUGCCCUCCCGGCCUCCGUGCACUGAACCUGGGCAAACGGUGCCGACCAUGAUCUCCUCUCAGACGGACUGUGGAGAACCCCAUACAGCAGACUUCGGUUUUUAAAGCACCAAAAGGAAAGCACCUCAAUUCAGUGCCGAGGCUAACAGAGCCUCUGGCUGCACCUUCUCUUUGCCUUCCUCCCCCCACCUCUAGCUUUCCCCCUUCCUUCCCACUUUCCUUUUCUGGGAAAAAUAAAAGGUUUACGGAUUGAGGGAGGAGAAGGAGGGCUAAGUGGCAGCAAGCAGUAGGCCCGGGUGAGUGAAGGCGAUGGGAGGUAGCCAGACCCUUGGUCCUCUCUGCACCCUGUCCUCCAGUGACCUCUGCUCUGGUGUAGCAAGUUCACCUAUCCACCACCCCCUGUAUCACUUCUGGGUUCCAGUCUCAUCCCCUCUCCAGCUGUGCAAAGUGUAAGAAUUGUCGAGAUGUAAAUAUUUGGAUUCUUUUGUAUAAUAAAGCACCA